GCCACCUCUUCCCAAACUUCUUCUAACCGAAUCGGCCUAUUCAGCAUUUCAGCCUAUUUGAGUUUGCUUUACCGGAGUAUAAUAGAUUUUUGUUCAGCUUGAUUUAUUGGGAAGUGUUCUUUGCAACUGAAUUUACCUGAUCGAAGUCUAUCUUAUCAGCUUUACCACCUGUACACGUUUGCAGUGAUUCGGAAUCUCUGUCCAAUCCGGCAUGCCAUACACCGUUGGUGACACGGGCUCGCCGUCAGCCUCGGGAAUUAACUGUUGAAAACGUACCAAGGGUACACACUCCAAACUCUUCCAUUCACAAGCUCAGCAACACACAAUGCGCCAUUCCCCCUUUGAGCAAUAAUGCCUUUAAACUUACCCUUUGGUUUCAUAUCCAUAUCCACUCUAAGCCCCAAAACUCUGGCUAUUUCAUAUUCACUAUCAUCAUUUACUUCUCGCACGGGUAGUAGUGGCAGACUUGACAGAAGAUUGUUGGUGCCACCACUGUGCGGCACUAGAAGCUUGGAUGAGAACCUUCAUCAGCGCAGGCUUCCUAAAUUGAGGGACAAUAGCGCUAAUCAAGAAGGUGGCGAUGAUAAUAAGAACCCAAGAUGGCUAUAUUGUGAUGUGAAAGUGGUGUCUUGGAGGGAACGCAGAGUCAAAGCUGAGAUUUUGGUCAAUGCAGAUGUUGAUUCUACCUGGGAUGCUCUCACCGACUACGAACGCCUUGCAGAUUUCAUUCCCAAUCUCGUUAGCAGCAAGAGAAUUCCUUGUCCUUAUCCCGGAAGGAUUUGGUUGGAGCAGAGGGGUGUGCAACAAGCAUUAUAUUGGCACAUUGAAGCCCGUGUUGUGUUGGAUCUCCAAGAAUGUAUCAGCUCAGAAAGUAUGCGUGAACUCCGAUUUUCCAUGGUUGACGGUGACUUCAAGAAGUUUGAAGGUAAAUGGUCCGUCAAAUCUGGAGGAAGAUCUUCAUUGACUAUGCUGUGUUAUGAAGUCAAUGUGAUUCCAAGGUUUAACUUUCCAGCAAUAUUCUUGGAGAGAAUUAUCAGAUCAGACCUUCCUGUGAAUCUUUAUGCAUUAGCUUCCCAAGCCGAAAACAAUUUUGUUGGCACUCAAAGUACAAUUUCCAUCAAUGCAAACACGAGCGCAAACUCUGUUGCUUCCUUUGUUUCAUCAAGCACAAAUGUUGAUGUUUUGGCACCAGAAAAGGAUAAACUCUCCACUGGUGCACUCAAGGGUAACUUAACAAAAGCUACGUUUGCCCCAUGGGGGGUUCCUUCUAUUGGUGAAGUAAACAGUAACUGGGGACUUUUUGGGAAAAACUUCAAAGCUAACAGGACAAGCACGGUGGAUGAAGUUCAUCUUCGCAGAUUUGAUGGAUUAUUGGUAAUUGAUUGACCCUGCACCUGCCCCACGCCUUUAUCUGGAAAACCAUAUUGCUAUAUACAAAAAUAACCUGCUAGCAAAUUGAUUUUUUCCACUGAAGGAAAACGAUGGUGUCCAUCGCUGUGUUGUUGCUAGCAUAACGGUUAGGGCUCCUGUUCAUGAAGUGUGGAGUGUUUUGACUUCUUAUGAGAAUCUUCCUGAGAUAGUUCCCAAUUUAGCUAUGUGUAAGAUCUUAUCACGAGAACAUAACAAAGUUCGCAUUCUUCAGGAAGGAUGCAAGGGUCUUCUAUAUAUGGCACUUCAUGCACAUGUUAUCCUAGAGUUGUGUGAAAGGGCUGAAGAAGAGAUUAGCUUUGAGCAGGUUGAGGGGGACUUCGAUUCAUUUAAAGGAAAAUGGUUCCUGGAGCAACUAGGAAGUCAUCAUAUACUAUUGAAAUAUAGCGUGGAGUCCAAAAUGCACAAGAACUCAUUUCUAUCUGAAGCAAUUAUGGAAGAGGUCAUAUAUGAAGACCUCCCUGCAAACCUAUGUGCUAUUCGAGAUUACAUUGAAAAAAGAGAGGCGGCUAAUGCUGUAGUGGCAGAUGGUGAGGCACAAACUCUUCAUGACAACGACUCGCCUGCUGACUCCAGUCAGAUAGCUGAAAAGAAUCCAAAUCCCAUUGCUUUGAAAUCAAUCAGACGAAGACCCAAAGUUCCUGGAUUGCAGAGGGAUAUGGAAGUUCUAAAAGCGGAGCUUCUGUCUUUUAUUUCAGAGCACGGGCAUGUGGGAUUUAUGCCCAUGAGAAAGGAAUUGCGUAAGCAUGGAAGGGUGGACAUUGAGAAAGCAGUUACAAGAAUGGGUGGAUUUAGAAGAGUUGCAUUUUUGAUGAAUCUCUCCCUUUCAUAUAAACAACGGAAACCAAAAGGUUACUGGGAUAGCCUAGAGAAUCUCCAAGAUGAGGUUAGUCGUUUCCAAAGAAUCUGGGGAAUGGAUCUGACUUAUAUGCCCAGCAGAAAAUCUUUUGAACGAGCAGGUGCCUUCCUUUGGGAAAUUUCUUAUAAUAAAAAGUGCUUAAAACAACCAUUGCUAUUGGUGCUUAGUUUAGAUUAAUACAUUAUUAUUAACUAUUACAGGCCGCUAUGAUAUUGCUCGUGCAUUGGAAAAAUGGGGGGGCCUUCAUGAAGUUUCACGUCUUUUGUCACUCAAGGUAAAAAGGAAAUCGACAGACAGACAACCACCUGUGCAGAGGUGAAAUUUGUAACGACAUGUAGCAAUAAAUGGUGAAGAAAAUACAUCUAGGCCCUGUAUUCGCAACAAAGUGUUGAAUAUGAACAGUGACUGUUGAAACGAAUUUAGUAUACCCUUUCCCUCUUACAUUCACUUUCCUGGAAUGAAUGGCUGCAUCACAACGGAAAAGAACAGGGAAGGUAAUAAUAAAUGGUCUCUGAACAUAACUUGAUGUCGUUGCUCUUACCUUUGGAAAGGCCAUCUCAACUCUCAAGACAUUGCUGCUGCUGAAGUGGAGGGAGUGAGGCAAUAAGUAUAAUGAUGAUUAUGGUAAGCAGCAGCAACUAUGCCUCCAAUGCAGCUUCAACAGAUGCUGCGGAGCAGCUUGGUGUGGCAUUGGAAACAGGGCUGAAAGCACAUGUAUCAAGGCAUCAUGGACUAGGGAGGCAAAUGAAGAGAUGUAUCAUACUCAGUGUGGAGUAGAGUAGAUGGAAAUGGGGGCUGUUGUGAUCUACAUGGUGCUACUCCAUUCAUGAGUUUGUCGUCAUAGGUUAUGACCAAAUAUAUAAUUGAACUAUAUGGCACAUAAUAUACACACUACGUUUUUUGUGUGUGGAAUAAUCAAGCAAAAAAUAAGGUGCGAUGUUCUAAUUUCAAGUGUUGUGCGAAAAUAGUGUCAUUUUAGAACCGAGAAUAGAAAAUUUGCAACAUAAUAAAGACAAUUUCAUUUCAUUUAAUCAUUUAUAUUGCACUUGUGCAUUAUCA